GAAGUCAUUGCUUCCAUGAUUUCUAAAGCUCAACGAAAUAUGCAUGGCAUAGUCGACCUCAAGGGUCAAAACUUCGGCCAUGGAUUGUAUCCACUUGCUUCUUUCAUUAAUCACAGCUGUGAGCCUAAUGCAAUAAUUUCCUUCGAUGGAAACAAAUUGGUAGUUCGAGCUCUUGAGAACAUUCCCCGAGGCACCGAGAUCACAAUAGCAUAUGUCGAGCUGUAUGCUCCUCUGGACGUGAGGAGAGACGCCUUGCUCUCGCGCAAGGGAUUUCUCUGUAGAUGCUCGAGAUGU